ACCGCUAGGAUACACAUAAAUUGUCAGAGCCUUCGUUUGAGAUUGAGUGAGAAGACCUGUGUGCCUGUGCUGAUCCACUGACCUUCCUGUGCCUGCACACUCUCUCAGUCUUUGGCUCUACCAUCACAGUUUUGGUGACAAUAUUCCAGAAGAAUUAUCUGCAAAAAUGGCUCAGCUGACCGCUACUCCUCUCAGUGCGCUAGUUGAUGAGCCAGUGCACAUCCAAGUUACAGGCCUGACUCCUUUCCAGGUCGUGUGCCUUCAGGCAUCAUUGAAAGAUGAGAAGGGGAACCUGUUUGAGUCUCAGGCCUUCUACAAGGCCAAUGAAGUUGGAGAGGUAGACUUGGAGCGAGAUGCCUCAGUUGGAGGAGACUAUGUGGGUGUCCAUCCCAUGGGUCUUUUAUGGUCCUUGAAACCUGAAAAGCUCUUAACUAGACUAGCAAAAAGAGAUGUGAUGAACACCCCCUUCCAGGUCCAGGUAAAAGUUUGUGAACCUUAUUUUCCAAUAAAAAAUGUAGUUCCUCAUGCUCCAAAAGACAGCCUGACUUUGGAAAGGUGGUAUGUGGCACCUGGUGUCACGAGGAUCCAGGUAAAGGAAGGCCGCCUUCGUGGAGCCCUCUUUCUCCCUCCAGGAGAAGGUCGUUUUCCAGGGCUCAUUGAUCUGUUUGGAAGCACUGGUGGACUGAUUGAAUUCCGGGCCAGUCUCCUGGCCAGUCAUGGCUUUGCAGCCUUGGCCCUGGCUUACUGGGGCUAUGACGACCUGCCCCCUCUAUUGGAGAAGGUGGAUCUAGAGUACUUUGAGGAAGCUGUGGAGUUUCUCCUGAGACAUCCUAAGGUCCUCGGCCCUGGUGUUGGGGUAAUUUCUGUAUGUAAAGGAGCAGAGGUCGGACUCUCUAUGGCUGUUAACUUAAAAAAUAUCACAGCCACUGUACUUAUUAAUGGGCCUAACUUUGCUAUAGGCAAUUUACAUGUAUAUCGUGGUCAGACCAGCCUGCCCACACCUACCAAUAUAGAGUUUACAUCCUCCAAUGCCUUGGGAUUCGCAGAGUUUUAUCGAACUUAUGAACAAACUGGAGAUGUGGAUAGCCGAUAUUGUUUUCCCAUUGAGAAAGCUGAGGGACAUUUCCUCUUCGUCGUUGGAGAAGAUGACAAGGCUCUCAAUAGCAAAGCACAUGCUCUGCAAGCUACAUCACAGCUGACGAGAAAUGGGAAGAAGAACUGGACCGUGCUGUCUUACCCUGGGGCAGGCCACCUGAUUGAGCCUCCCUACUCCCCGCUCUGCUGUGCCUCAAGAAUCCCCUUUGUGUCCCCAAACAUCCACUGGGGAGGAGAGGUUAUCCCACAUGCAGCUGCACAGGAGCAUUCGUGGAAGGAGAUCCAGAGCUUUCUCAAGAAGCAUCUCAUUCUGGACGUGACCAGUCAGCUCUGAGAAGACUUGAUAUUCCUGGGGAAAAGAGAAGCCAAUCUUAUUAGUAACUUCUCUGGUUUUUCACACAGGAAUGUCUUUGAUCUCUUAUUGUAAGAAGGAGGUUACCACAAGAACAAGGUGGGAGGACUGAGGAUGACAGUGUAUUGAGAUCUGAGAGGGAAAAUGUUUUCCAUUUAAGAAAUAUCAUGCAGUGACAGUCCUAUAUCUGUGUAAAUAAAAAUUCAGCUCUAGCUGCCCUGAAAUAUUUAUCAGUGUAGUCGUUCUCAGUAACAGCAGUUAUCAAGGGAAAAUAUUACCAAUGGUGAAAUACAGAAUCCUUUGACUCAUAAAAGAAAUGAACAGAAUUAGAUGCUGACAUUUAUUCCUAAACUCAAAUAAAAUCCACUUAGAUCUCUCAUGUUUGGAAAUACUCCCUGUAGCUCAUAGUUGUUGCUUCAGUGUCAUUAGGAAACUAGAGACUGACGCUUAAUGCAGUGUAGAAGUUGAUAUGCAUGCAAGAUCACUGACUCAGUCUACAAUCAUCAGUUCAGAGAAUACUAAUAAAAUUAUUUUGUGUAUAAACAUUUACAGCAUUUGACAUUAUAAUGAGAGAGGAGCAAAUUGAGAACCACAGAAUUACUCAGGGAAGUAAUUGUAAUAUGUGAUAACAGGGACUGUGUGCCUCCAGAUUAAGACUGUCAGGUUUUUUUUUUCUUCUGUAAAGUACUAAAUAGUAAAUAAUCUCAUCUUUUUAUCUAUAAGGCUUCUGAAAGCAUGUCUUGCUAUGCAUGAUAACAGAGGUAACAUGUAACAAAAGAUGAUGUCUGUGCUCCAAUUAAACAUUUUGCCAUAUUUAUUGGAAUUUACAUUUCAUAACCUUGUGUUAAAAAAUAACAAUUUGCUUUAAAAAUUCUUCUCCAAGCAUUUACAAGUGUAAAUCAUUGUCAAUUGAUGGGCAGGAAACAAACAAAAACUAUAGACUUGCAAAAAUAUGAUUUCAUGACUUUGGAUUUAGAGAAAUCUAAAUGAUCACGGGGCUUCUGUAAAAGGCAAAUCAUGCCCCUCUCCUGAGCUACUGAAUUGCAAAGGAUGGAGGUGGAAGGUGGAUAAUCAAUGUGAGGAUUAACAUGUAGAAAUACACUUUGGGCCAUUUGUUCUGAUAAUAUAUUCUUCAAACUAUGUUCUUUUUAUUUAUAAACGUUUUAAUUAAAGUUUUGUGUAUUGCA